CUGGCCACUCCUAGUUAACAAAGGAAAAUUCCAAUAAUCAUAGUGUUACGUGGCAUCAGCAAGUGCAUGCGUAAAGAUUGCUUGCUGUGUGUAAUUAAUUUUUCCUUUUGCAAUGCAUCAAUAUGCAUUAAUGUGAGAAACAAUUGAUAACAUAAGCGUCUUUUUUUCUUGACGAGAAAAACGUAUUCGAUCGAUAGAUAAUAGAUACUUGCGAAUAUACGUCAAGUGCUAACGUUUUGCAUAUUAAACGUGUUAUAUGAAGCUUGGCAAAAAAAUUAAAUUACCACGAAUGAUAAGACUUAUUGUAAAUUCUCGCCUUAUCACAAGAAAAGACGAGAAUUAAGUCAUUCGACAAGAUAACAGAUUAUAUAAACCAAAGCAAUUUCAUGUUUCUUUCUUUUCAUUAUUAUUUCAGCUCUCAAAGUAAUGAUCAUUAAGUUGAAAAAAAAUUUAUUGCAAACGUGGAUUGUAGUAUGAAUACAUUAGUAUAAUAGUAUAGUAUUGUUGGAGACUCGUAUUAACUUAAAUAUUAUAUUAAACUUUAAAAAAUAGUCAGUAUUUUUUUCAAAGUAUCGCUAUAUAAGUUUCAUAUCAAAUAAGUGUCUUGAAAAGACCUAGAAAAAAAUCAUGAGCCAAAAUAAGAAUCGUAUCAAUUUGAAUGAAGUGAGUGACAAGUUUACGGAAGAGGUGCUAACAGAUAUUCUCUGUAAGGCGUACAAUGGGAAAAAAGUGCAACUGACAGAUUGGAAUUUUGGUGAAAGAUUUGCCAAAGGUGAUAGCUAUUUGUCUACUGUUAAUAAGGGUAAACUAUAUGGUAUUAUAGAUGGUGACCCACAGCAAAAUGUACAAGUUAAUUUUGUCGUGAAGUCUAUUCCAAAGAACAUUGGUAGAAGAAAAACUUUUAGAAGUGCAGAUUUUUUCCGUAAUGAAAUCUUAUUUUAUACACAGAUUGUUCCCAAGUUUGAAAAAUUCCUAGCAGACAAAGGACAAAGCAAUCUAUUGUGUAUACCACGUCACUUGCUUUCUUACACAGACGGUGAAAAUGAUUUUGUUGUCUUGGAAGAUGUCUCUCCCUUAGGAUUUGGACCUGCAUCUAGACAAAACUGCAUAGAUUGGGCAGAAUGUAUAGUAAUUUUGAAAACAUUGGCAAAAUUUCAUGCAAUCUCAUUUGCAUAUAAAGACCAGAAGAAAGAAGAAUUUACAAAACUUGCAAGUGUUUUAAAUGAAACCUACUUUGGUAUACAUAAUUGGAAUUGGUACGAAAAAUUUCAUAAAAAGCUAGUGGAUAUAGCUAAAAAUGCAUUAGCUAUUGAAUGUCCAAACAGUAAAGCUGAGAAGCAAUUCAAUUCCUACGAAUUUGGUAAAUUAUUCCAAAAGUGCACAGAAUGCUGUGAGAAAAAAGAUGCCUCUACAUCUGUUAUCUCCGCGGGUGAUUGUUGGGCUCCAAACUUUCUUGUCCGAGACAUCGGGCAAAAUCAAAAGGAAGCAUUAAUGCUAGACUUUCAACUUGCGCGUUGCAGCAAUCCCAUCAUAGAUUUAUCGUUCUUAAUUUAUUCAUGCACUUUAAAAUCAUUUCGUGAUCAGUACUUCAAUGAUAUAUUAAAAACUUAUCAUUCCGAAUUGAGCAAUGCUAUUAAAUCUCUUGGAUCUGAUCCAGAACAAAUUUAUCCAUGGGAUUUAUUUAUGAAAGAGUAUUUGCACUUGAAGCAGUUCCAUUUUGUCUGUUGGAUCCAUCUCAAGCAUUCGAUUUAGAUGCUAUUAUUAAAAAUGAUGAGGCAGUGGAUAUAUCUGAUGUAUGGACAUUGUCUAAUAUUAAAACAUCAACUGGAAGACAAAGAUUGACAGAUAUAAUAGUUCAUGCUGUUGAGAAUGGAUAUAUAUGAUAGAUUUAUAUAGAUAUGUAUAAUUUUUAUCCACUUUUAUGCACCAUAGACAGAAUUAUAUGAAUAUAUAUGCAGCUCUAUAAUAAAACUAUAACACAUUAUUGGAAAA